UAGAAGAUCUUCAUCGACUUCAGCAUCCCGAUUGCUCCAGCCAGCAGCCAUACCGUGUGUCAGAUUGUGUGCAGCGCUUUGUUGCGUAGAACUUACAGUUGCUGUGAUUUAUCGCUUUGUAGUGGAGUUUUGGUGUGAUCGUGAAAAAUAACAUCUUUUUGAAAUGAAAGUGUUUAUCGGUGCCGUAGUGUUGAUCGGGUGCGUGCUGGCCUACGGAUCGGCACAAAGUGCAAAGGAGUGCGGUGGACCUGACGGUGGCCUGUCCUGUCACGGAGCCAAAAUUGUCCGCAACCUCGUACGACGACUGGCACGCACUGGCAAGACGGACGAUGCGCUGAAGCUCUUCCCAGGUGUGGAAAUUGUGGCGGCAGGCGAUGUGGAAGAAAGGGAACGAUCGCUAAACGAGGUGACGGAUGAGGAUCGCACUAUGUUUGGGCGCUUUGCUCGCUACCUCCAGAGCCAUGAGCUGAAGGUGAACUUUGGACAGAUGGUGCAGCGGGGUGACAUUCAGGAAGCAAUCCGGACCACGUUCGGUGCGAUGGAUCAGGAGGUGAUUGCCGACGUCGCGGAGGCCCGUAAGAAGGAUAAGGGUGGCCUGGGAGCUAUCAUGAUGAUGGGACUAAUGAUGGGCAAGCUGCUGGCGGCCCUCGGAUUCGGUGGCGUCGGACUGCUGGCACUGAAGGCGCUCGGCGUCUCGAUGAUUGCACUGCUGCUGUCCGCCAUCCUUGGGCUGAAGAAGCUUACCGAGCACGGUGACCACAAAGGACGACACAAUGAUGAGCAUUUCGAGGUGCACUCGGAAGAUCAUCACGGACACGAGGGUGGCGCUCGCAAGCGCCGUUCGGCUGAAGAAGAAACCUUAGCAAGCCAGAUGGCUUACAGCGGCUGGGCACAGUUCGUCCAAUGAAUGUGUAUCCAUUAGACUAUCACUUAUUUAAAAUAUUUAUUUGUCCUGCAUUAACUUAUUACUACAUGUGUAGCGCCAAACCGAAUACGGGCAAAUCCAAAGGAAACUAAAUAAUAAAG